AUGCCUUCACCACCAAUCGAAGUAUUUCUGACGACGAUCGCGUCCCAGCCAGUCCUACGCCAAAGACAAGAAUACAUUCUACGCAUCUUGCAAACGAAGAAGAUACCAUUCACAUCCUAUGAUCUUGCUUCCGAUGAAAACGCUAAGCGGCGCUGGAGGAGGAAAGCCCCUGCAGACAAACAGCAACUACCAGGCAUGCUCGUUGGUGGAACUUACCCGGGGGCUUUCGCUGACUUUGAAGAGGCCGUCGAAUGCGGUGAACUAGACACAUAUCUCCGCCUCAAGGAGACUUGGGAUGCCGACAUAGAUGGCGAUGGCUCAGCCGCUAUACCAGUCCAACCCAUUGGAGUCCCCGGAGCAGUCAUGCCUCUCGAAAUGACACCCGAACACAUACGCAGCAAAAUUGUUGCAGAACGCACCGCCUCCGCAGCUGCUCCUCUCAAGAAAGGCAUUCCGGUCAACAAACGUGACGAUCUCUUCGAUGUAAGCACGGAAUUGUCUGGAUUUGGGCUUCAAGGUGUGCAAGUCUCGGAGAAGGACUUGAUAGAUCUCGUAGCCGAACUAGGACUCGAUGGAGACGAGGCUGGCGACUUGGUCAAGGGUCUUAGUGGUAGCAGUGCAGCCCCAGUUGCCGCAGAGAAGGUUGUUAAACCUGUGAAGGAAGCCGAGAAGGUCAAGAGAUCUGUGAAAUCUGAGGAACCUGUGAAUGAAGGCGCAAAGGUGGAAGAUAAACCUACAGUGGAACCCACGGAAUAUUCACCAGAAGAAUCGGACAAGAAGACAGAUGAUGACAAGCAAGAAUAG